UCGGUCCAGCAACUUAUUUUCCUAAGAGGCAAACACUGGUUACCAGUAGUUUAGAUAUCACACUUUUUAUGUUUACAACUUUCAGUGGAAACUUUCGGUUGUGUUUGCAUUAUAAACCGUUACAGCUGGAAGUUUAGUAGAUCUUGCACAUAUUUUCCACAGAUAAUGCAGUUCAGUGAAUAAGUGGAAAAUGAUGACUGCAUCCCAGGCAUAUCUCACAAGAAGAGUAAUUCUUGGCUCCCAGUGUCAUUUAGGAUGUCCUUUAAAAAGUGCUGGAAGGCUAGUAGGUGUUGUCACAGGCAGAUAUCUGCACAGACACCAUCAUGGAUCAGGGCAUGGUCAAUGCAGUUUGUGCCCAGUGUCAAGUGACUCAGAUUCAUGGAAAAAGAACCUUAUUGUUACUUCUCCAAUGUGUCAUCACUGGACAAUCAAUCCUAGAGACACAGCAAGUAGUGUUUAUGAUUUUAAACAUGUUUUAUUAAGUGCCCCUAGGAUAGGAGGGCGACACUUUGAGGUAACUAACUCAUUGGAUACCAAACUGUCACACCUAACACAUCUGAUAAGACGAGCCAAUGUUAUCACUCUUCCCAACAGAUGUCACCACUCAUCAGCCAAUUCGAGAUGCGCCAGAAUGAUUUUGACCAAGAGAUAUUUGUUUUGUACUAAACCAAAAAGGAAAGUUGAAGAAGAAAAGGAGGUUAAAACGAAAGGCAGUUUCCUACAAGGUGUGGUUGGAGACCUUAGAGAAGCAACUGAUGACAGCCACAUAACACAGUUACAAGAGGAGCUGUUCCAGAAACCUAAAGAGAAAAACAGAGAAACUUUCAUUGCUGCUGUGUCUCAGUACAGGAACACUCCUAAUGUGUAUCGCAGGGGAGAGGUUGAAUUCAUCAAUUCAGCACUAAAACAUAUGAAAGAUUUUAAUGUCAGUGAUGAUUUGGAUGUGUACAAAGAGAUCGUGGAUAUUUUCCCAAAGGGCAAGAUGAAGGCAUCAAAUGCAAUGCAGGCAGAUUUUAUGUGGUUUCCCAAGCAUCAGGAUUUGGCCCUGAAGUUGAUGCAUCAGAUGGAUGAGAAUGGUGUGUUACCUGAUGAAGAGUUUGGUCAUCUCCUUGUAGACAUCUUUGGGUUAAAAUCUUUUGUGGUGCGCAAGUAUCGACGUACUUUAUAUUGGGCAACCAAGUUGAAGUAUGAAAACCCUUAUUAUGUACCAGUUAAGCUGCCCUCGGAUCGCUUGGAGCUUGCAAAGAUGGCUUUGGAAAAGAUUUGUGUAGAUUUGGAUAACAGGAUAACUGUAUUUGAGAGUAGUGCCUUGUCAGAGACUGCAACCCCAGAAGAGCUAUUCAUAGCCACAGCUCAGAGUGGUCAGCAGCAAGCCCUACUGGCUGUCCACCCUACUGACCAGCCAGUGGUAGUGGAGGGAGGGUUCCUGGUCUGGCUGAGACGGGUACCUGUGACUUUCUUUGUCUUGAAAUCAGAGAAUGUGGUAGGACACCCAGAGGACACCACCAAGGAAGAAGAUGAGUUUGACUUCUCCUUCACCUCCUUCUUCGGCACCACAGAGGGGGGAGUUUGCCCACCUGACACCUCUUGUGAACACCACCAGGAGGAUGGAACCAUCUAUGCCAUUGCAAUCACCUCAUCUGGCAGUAAACCUUCCCUUAUCUCAUGGAUCGACUGUUUACAGAAAACAAACCCCAGACUGAGGGAGCUGACUGUUUUGUUUAAGAUGAGAACUCCAGAGAGUGGCAUACAGAAAAUGUAGAAUGACAGUCAAUCUGCCAGACAGUGAAUUGCAAUAGUCCUUUGAAAUCUGGGUGAAUGUUUAAAUGAGGGGUGGGAGUUUGAAGUCCUCAGUUGGUAUCAGGAUCUUGAUGUUGACUUUUAUACCACUAAAUCCAAGAUUAACUAGAGAUUAACUAGAGAGGCGAUAUGGCCUCCAGGUAUUUUACCACCAGCUGGUGGUGCGAAUAACAGUGCUUUUGUAUUCGCACAUCUGUUUUAAUUUCUUUAUGGAAAAUCUACUUCAGAAGCAGAAAUAAAAAAAAAAAAACGUGAAUAUG